AUGGAGGCCGAUAACAACAACAACAACCUCAACAACAAUAACCCUAACAACAACAACCGGCUGCGUCUAAACUUUCAGUUUGACAACCAGCACAAUUUCGAUGCAGCCAAUGCCCGCAUGUAUCCAACCACUCCUUCUACCUUUCCACAGCCGAUCUAUGGUGGGCAGCAGCAGGAGUACCCUGGGGGGAUGUUGUCUCCCAACCCUGCAACGAACAAUGGAUAUUUCAUGAACCAAGCCUUCUCCCCCCAAGCGCAGCAGGCACAAUAUCAGCAGCAAUACCAAUAUCAGACACAGGGUGGCUUACAGUCCCCCCAGCCCGCCUACCAAGCCAACGCCCGGCCGUACAUGGCCAAUACCAACAAUGAUGGAACCAAUGGUCUGAUCCAACAAUUUUCGAAUCAAGAUCUGGGUGCAACACCACGCAGCGCUAAUGUCAAUCGAACCCCAUCGCCCGCGAACGCACGCCCGCGAACCGCUGGUGAUGGCAGACAGGCACCGAACCCAUACCAGAGUCACCUUGCACCCCCCAUGCCUAGACCGGCCCCAAAGCCUGAGGAGGAAGAGCAGCCAAACCCACGCAAGUACUCUGACAACGUCAUCAAGAGGGGGACAGCUGCAAAACAGUUGGUGAACAGCUUCUUCCAGGAAAACAUCGAACGAGCAAGAGACCGGAAUAGUCGUGCCAAGGAGUUGGACGCUGUUCUCAAGAAUCCUAGUGUCUCUGACAUUGAGAAACAGAAGGAGAUCAACACGCUGGCACAGAAAGAAGCUCGAUUCUUGCGGUUUAUUCGGACUAGAGAAUCUCCCCAGAACUUCACAACAAUCAAGGUUAUUGGGAAAGGUGCAUUUGGAGAAGUCAGACUGGUGCAGCGCAAGACGGAUGGCAAGAUCUAUGCUCUGAAGUCUUUGAUAAAAUCUGAGAUGUUCAAGAAAGACCAACUAGCUCACGUUCGAGCCGAGCGUGAUAUAUUGGCUGAUUCCAAGGACAACCCGUGGUUGGUCAAGCUCCAUGCUUCCUUCCAGGACUCGGCCUUCUUGUACAUGCUGAUGGAAUUUUUGCCUGGUGGCGAUUUAAUGACCAUGUUGAUCAAGUACGAGAUCUUUUCGGAAGAUAUCACCAGGUUCUAUAUGGCUGAGAUUGUCAUGGCAAUCGAGGCUGUUCACAAACUGGGAUUUCUUCAUCGUGAUAUCAAGCCUGACAAUAUCCUGCUGGAUCGAGGUGGCCAUAUCAAGCUGACUGAUUUUGGCCUCUCAACAGGCGGUCGGAAGCAGCACGAAAAUUCCUAUUACCAAGCACUUCUGAAGUCUAACGCAAACGACAAGUCAGGCAACCGGAACUCGAUGGCACUCAAUGAACAGAUCAACUUGACAGUGAGCAAUCGUGGCUUGGUCAAUACCUGGAGAAAAUCUCGGCGACAUAUGGCCUAUUCCACCGUAGGCACACCUGACUACAUUGCCCCAGAAAUUUUCCUCGGUCAAGGCUACACUUACCUUUGCGAUUGGUGGUCUGUCGGGGCAAUCAUGUUUGAAUGUCUUGUUGGCUGGCCUCCGUUCUGCGCCGAGGACACUCAUGACACCUACCGCAAGAUUGUCAACUGGCGUGAAUCUCUUUACUUUCCCGACGAACUUGUGUUGGGACGUGAUGCUGAAGAUAUGAUCCGAAGCUUUCUCUGUGAUGCCAACGACAGAUUAGGGAAAGAAGGAGGAGCACACGACGGGGCCUCGCAGAUCAAGAAGCAUCCAUUCUUCCGGGGUGUUGUCUGGGAUCAGCUAAGAAAGAUUCGAGCACCAUUCGAGCCGAGAUUAUCCUCCAAUAUUGAUGUCAGCUACUUCCCCAUCGAUGAGAUUCCGCAGGAGGACAAUACAGCUAUGCAUCGUGCUCAAGCCAAGCAGGUCUUGCCCGAGCAAGAUGCCGAGAUGAGUCUGCCAUUUAUUGGAUACACCUACAAAGCAUUCAACGCCUUCCAGAACUCGUGA